CGCGGUGAGGUCAGCGUAGUGCCGCCGUUGCUGGUCCCGCUGCCCGUCGCUCGGUCUGCUUUAGUCGUUUUUUUCUUGUGGUACUCGACCCUCCAGGCGGAGUGUGGAGCCUUGUCUGUGGCCGGGGCUAUACGGUAUUUGCUCGGAUAAGGCGAUUGGUGGCAACACAGCCUGCUCCGGUUUAUCGUUUGGUAUCAGAGUUGUACUUCAUUGAUCUAUACCAGAAAUGGAUAUUAGAGCGUAAUUACUAGAGGGAAGUAAUCAGCGAUAAGCUCUGCUUCAAGAGUGACUGGUACAGAAUGCAAUGGGAUCGAUAGCAUGUCUGCAGAGAGUGGCCCUGGGACAAGACUGAGAAAUUUGCCAGUAAUGGGGGAUGGACUAGAAGCUACACAAAUGGCUACAACACAGGCACAGACCCAACCCCAACAAGGCAAUGCUGGAGCCAUUAAUCCAUGUCCACCUGAGACCUCAAAUCCUAGUAAACCCAAGCGCAUGACCAACCAACUACAGUACCUACUCAAAGUGGUGCUCAGGACACUAUGGAAACAUCAGUUUUCAUGGCCUUUCCAGCAUCCUGUGGAUGCUGUCAAGCUAAACCUCCCUGAUUAUUAUAAAAUUAUUAAAACUCCUAUGGACAUGGGAACAAUAAAGAAACGCUUGGAGAAUAACUACUAUUGGAACGCUCAAGAAUGUAUCCAGGACUUUAAUACAAUGUUUACAAAUUGUUACAUCUAUAAUAAGCAAGGGGAUGAUAUUGUUUUGAUGGCAGAAGCUCUAGAAAAACUCUUCCUACAAAAAAUCUCUGAAAUGGCCCAGGAAGAAACAGAAGUUGUUAUAGUCCAAACAAAAGGGAGAGGACGUGGUAGGAAGGAAACAGUGACAUCCAAGGCAGGAGCAUCAGUGGUACAGAAUGCAACUCAAGCAUCAUCCCCACCACAGACGCAGGCUCCACCCCAAAAUUCUCAGCCAGUGCAAACAACUCAUUCCUUUCCCUCUCUGACCCCUGACCUAAUUGUUCAGACACCAGUAAUGACAGUGGUGCCACCCCAGCCUCCUGCAGCACUGCCUCCUCCCCUCCCACCUUCAGCCUCAGCUCCUCAGCCCUCUCAGACACACACCCCGAUUAUCCCAACAUCUGCACAACCCAUGAAGACAAAAAAGGGAGUGAAGAGGAAAGCAGACACUACAACUCCUACUACAAUAGACCCAGUUCAUGAAUCAUCAUCAUUGCCAGCUGAACCCAAGUCUGUCAAGACAGGUCCACGAAGGGAAAGCCGACCUGUGAAACCUCCAAAGAAGGAUGUUCCAGAUUCUCAGCAGCAUGUAGUAGAAAAAAGUAACAGUAGCAAAACGUCAGAGCAAUUAAAGUAUUGUGGUGGCAUCAUAAAGGAGAUGUUUGCUAAGAAACAUGCUGCAUAUGCAUGGCCCUUCUACAAACCUGUAGAUGUGGAAGCUCUUGGACUCCAUGAUUAUCGUGAGAUCAUUAAGCAUCCCAUGGACCUGAGUACAAUUAAAUCCAAAGUGGAAAACCGGGAUUAUAGAGAUGCUCAGGAAUUUUCAGCUGAUGUCCGAUUGAUGUUUUCCAAUUGUUACAAAUAUAACCCUCCAGACCAUGAGGUAGUGGCCAUGGCACGGAAACUACAGGAUGUCUUUGAAAUGAGGUUUGCUAAAAUGCCAGAUGAACCUGAAGAACCUGUGAUUCCAGCUUCCUCUCCAGUAGUAGUACAGCCACAACCCAAAGUGCCCCCACCAUCGUCCAGUGACAGCAGCAGUGAUAGUUCUUCUGAUAGUGAUAGUUCAUCAGAUGAUUCUGAAGAAGAGCGAGCUCAGCGGCUAGCAGAGCUCCAGGAACAGCUUAAAGCAGUGCAUGAACAGUUGGCUGCCCUGUCACAGCCACAACAGAAUAAACCAAAGAAAAAAGAGAAAGACAAGAAAGAAAAGAAAAAAGAGAAGCACAAAAAGAAAGAAGAAGUAGAAGAAAAUAAAAAAAAUAAAGCCAAGGAUCCACCAACUAAGAAGGCUAAGAAGAAUAAUGGCAAUAGCAAUAGCUCAAGUAAUAAGAAGGAGCCUGUGACUGUGAAGAAUGCCAAGCCACCUCCAGUUUAUGAGUCAGAGGAGGAGGAGAAAUGUAAGCCAAUGUCUUAUGAAGAAAAAAGACAAUUGAGCCUGGACAUUAACAAGCUCCCUGGUGAAAAAUUAGGCCGGGUUGUCCAUAUCAUCCAAUCAAGAGAACCCUCGCUCAAAAACUCCAAUCCUGAUGAGAUUGAAAUUGACUUUGAAACAUUAAAGGCAUCCACUUUGAGGGAGCUGGAGCGAUAUGUAACAUCUUGUUUACGGAAAAAAAGGAAACCUCAAGCAGAGAAAGUGGAUGUAAUUGCUGGUUCCUCUAAAAUGAAGGGAUUCUCCUCUUCAGAGUCUGAGAGCACCAGUGAGUCCAGCUCCUCCGACAGUGAAGAUUCAGAAACAGAAAUGCCCCCCAAAAUUAAGAAAAAAGGACAUCCUAGUCGAGAACAAAAGAAGCAUCACCAUCAUCACCAUCCACAGGUGCAGCAGCAACAGCAGCAGGUGCAACCACCGCAGUUACCACCACCGCCACCUCCAUCUGCCCCUCAGCAAGCAGCCAUCUCAGUCAAGUCUUCUCCUCCAGCUUUUGUUCCGACGCAGAUCCCAGUUAUGGAGCAUCCACUCCCAGGGAACAUGUUUGACACUAUUUCACAUUUCACUCAGCCUAUUCUGCACCUUCCCCCACCUGAGAUGCCACCUCAUCUCCCCCAGCAGCCUGAGCACAGCACUCCUCCUCACUUAAAUCAACAUACAGUAGUGUCCCCUCCAGCUUUGCACAAUGCUCUGCCUCAGCAACCCUCAAGACCCAGUAAUCGAGCCGCAGCACUCCCCCCCAAACCUCCUCGGCCUCCGGCUGUGUCACCGGCUCUUAACCAGCAGGCUCUGCUUCCCCAGCCCCCCCUCCCCCAGCCUCCCCAGGUGCUUCUGGAGGACGAAGAGCCUCCUGCUCCUCACCACAACCUGCCGCUGAGCAAUAGUCAGAUGCAGCUCUACUUGCAGCAGUUGCAGAAGGCGCAGCCACAGACUUCUCUCCUCCCUUCAGUGAAAGUUCAGUCGCAGCCUCAGCCCUCCCUGCAACCUCCUCCUCACCCUCCCGGGCAACAAUUACCACAUCAGUCACAACAGAGGCCAGUACAUAUGCAGUCCAUGCAAUUUCCACCCCAUAUUCCACAGCCUCCACCACCGCCCCAGCCACAUCUGCCCCCUCAGCAGCCUCAAGCCCCACAGCAAUCGUCAAAGCCCCAGCAAGUCAUCCAGCACCACUCUCCACCAAGACAUCACAAGCCAGACCCCUACUCAGCAGGCCACUUGAGAGAAGCACCUUCCCCUCUCAUGAUGCAUUCCCCUCAGAUGCCAUCGUUCCAGGGGUUGCCGCACCAGUCUCCACCGCAAUCAAACGUUCAGCCAAAAAAGCAGGAACUGAGAGCAGCUUCCGUAGUUCAGUCGCAGCCUAUGGGCAAAGAGGAGAAGAUGCAAUCCCCAGUCAUUCGAAAUGAGACCUUUAGCCCUGCCUUGCGGCAAGACCCUACCAAACACCCCGAAAGCAUCAAGCCACCUGUACAUAUCCAACAACGAACAGAAAUUAAGACCGUGGACAGUGGACGGCCUGUUAUAAGACCUUCAGAACAAAAUGCACCACCAGGAGUCCAGGACAAAGAGAGACAGAAACAGGAACCAAAAACACCAGUAGCACCUAAAAAGGAUUUGAAAAUAAAAAAUAUGGGAUCUUGGGCAAGUUUAGUGCAGAAACAUCCCACCACACCAUCUUCAACAGUAAAAUCCAGCAGUGAUAGCUUUGAGCACUUCAAGAGGGCCGCCCGGGAAAAGGAGGAGCGUGAGAAAGCCUUGAAAGCUCAGGCUGAACAAGCAGAGAAGGAAAAGGAGAGGCAAAGGCGGGAACAGGAAAGAAUGAGGAGUCGUGAAGAAGAAGAGGCUCUGGAACAGGCACGUCGAGUUCACGAGGAAGCCCGGCGGCGUCAAGAACAGCAGCCCCAGCAUCAUCCCCAGGCUCAGCAGCAGGUGUCAGCUGCAGCCUCUGCUCCCCCGUCACAGAGCUCUCAGCCACAGGCUUCGCAGUCCAUGCUGGACCAACAGAGAGAGGAACUCAGAAAACAAGAACAGGAACGAAGGCGCAGAGAGGCAAUGGCAUCAACUAUUGACAUGAAUUUCCAGAGUGAUUUGUUGGCAAUAUUUGAAGAGAAUCUUUUCUAAUAGCACCUGGUUUUCUUCGCCUGAACUCCUUAAUUUCCCAGCAAAUUUUUGACUCUCCAUAGUGUUGUUGGCAGCUGGGAGGAGAGCAUUCCUGCAGCCUUUCUGCAUGUGUGACGGUUGUGGCCUCAGAAGGAUCAGCAGAGUCUGCCUUACGAUU